AAGAUAUAUUUGCAUUAGAGGCUGUUUUGCAAAGGCUCGCAAGAUUCCCCUUAAGGAUGUGAGGGUUGCGUCAAGAAAAGAGGUUGACUAAAUUGGUUGUCUAUACGUUGGAGUUUAGAAGAGGUGAGAUGAUCGUGCUGAAACAUACGAGAUUCCGAAGGGGUUGGACAAGGGACUGAUUGUUAGAUUGCUGAUCACAUUGGGAUGGCCAUUGCCAUUACUAUUCCACAAUCUGUGGGAAGCACGGUGCACUACCAGCAGCAUCCGCGAAGUGAGAUUAUCCAAUACCAGACAGUUCGCUAUGACAUUCUGCCUCUAUCUCCUCUUUCCCUUGUCAGAAUAAAUCAAAUGAAAAGGAAAAUCCUAGUUUUAGAUUUAGAUGAAACAUUAAUUCACUCGCAUCAUGAUGGUGUGUUAAAACCAACUGUGAGGCCAGGCACGCCACCAGACUUCAUGCUAAAGGUACUUGUUGACAGGCAUCCAAUCAGAUUUUUUGUACAUAAAAGGCCUCAUGUGGACUUCUUUCUUGAAGUGGCCAGCCAGUGGUAUGAGUUGGUGAUUUUCACUGCUAGUAUGGAGAUCUAUGGUGCAGCUGUAGCAGACAAACUAGACAACAACAAGAAAAUAUUAAAUCGACGAUACUACAGACAGCACUGCACACUUGAAUUGGGCAGCUAUGUGAAAGACCUUGCAGCCAUUCACAGUGACCUCUCCAGCAUUGUAAUAUUAGACAAUUCGCCCAGUGCGUACAGGGGGCACCCAGAUAAUGCAAUUCCAAUAAAGUCUUGGUUCAGUGAUCCUGGGGAUACAGCUUUAUUAAACCUAUUACCUAUGCUUGACGCAUUAAGGUUUACGUCAGAUGUUCGGUCUGUCCUCAGUCGGAAUCUCCAUCAACACAGACUAUGGUGACAUUGCAUUCGAUAUUGCUAGUGUACCUUGUUGACAGCUGAUACCAGUCCUCUGGUGCUUUGAACAUUGUAAAGCCUGCGCACCAAGGAGGCAUUCUGAGUAUGCAUGAGGUGACAUGAGCUCAGUGGGCAGUCAAAAUCUGUUCCCUUAUGCGUGGACAGAUGUAUGUGAAUGUUACAAACAUUCAAAUCAGUGCUGAAACAGUGCAUCGUCUAAUGCAUUUUAUUAUAUCUUUGUUUAUAAAAUGGUAUUUUUGAGCUCAACUUCCCUCAUUUGUCCGAGUUGGAGGUUUUGUUUUGAUGUGUUCUGCCUUUUAAUGUUCGAUUAUGUAAAGAUAAGAUGAUAUCCACAAGAAUUAACUUAUCAGCUUAAAGGCAACCGGGUUGCUUCCCACUGAAAGGGAGUGAGGUUUCUAUUAUCUGCUCCGUCCUUCUACACAAUGCCAAGUUUUCUGCCUAGUAGUUUGACCAGACAAAGCAAUCCCAAGUCUGAGCCUAUCAAUGGUGCUAAACCACAAAUCUAGAAGAAGGCUUUGUCUGGGCCUAGAUUUUUUUUUUAAAAGUUCUCCCUAAUGUGAAGCAAUUCUGUCAAUUCAGCUUUUAUCAAAAAAGUAUUAAUGCAUAUCAAAUGAAGAAUAAAAUCUGAUUUGCAGUACAGUAAUGGAUGAUUUGUAUCAUGGCUUCAUUUGUGGCCUGAGGAGGUACAGCUUAAUUGUAACCAUCAACCUUGACUCAAUGUUUUAUUUUUCCCUAAUCCAAUGAUCAGUAUUUCCACUUAAAGCCCUGUUCAUUUCUGCCAGGGUUGCUCCAGUUAUUUUUUUUUUCAUUUUAUGUAAUCAUCUCUCUCUUCCAGCUUCUUUUUCUGGGUCUGGGUUCAAGUCUCAGCUACUCCAGAGGUGUGUCAUAACUCCCUGAACAGGUCAACUGAAAAUAUUUAUGCACAAAAUGUAACCAGGGAGGGUAUCUCCUAAUUUUCAAAUGCGACUUGCCUGAGACUAUUACUUUAACAACUGGCAUCCAGUUACUUGAAGAAUGCAAGUCUUGUGCAGUUCAAAUACAGUGGUAUUGCUGGGAGAGCUCCCUUUCUAAGACAUCAAACUGUUGGUUCAAGUUGAGCUUGAGCCCACAGCAAUAUUUAAAGAGCGGUAUAUUCUCCUGAUAACCUGGUUUACAUUUUUUCCCAAUGAUCAGGCCAACAUCAGACUAAGCUAAUCAUUCAUCUCAUUUCUGCUUGUAGGAUUUUGCAAUGUGCAAAGUAGCACCCACAUUUACCUAGAUAACCAUCUCUGUGCUUCCAAUAAAUGUUUUAUAUGGGAAACAUUGGGACAUCUGGAUAGAUGUAAACGAACGCAAUGUAAAAACAAGUGUUUUUUUUUCUAUUAUACUUCCUGAGACGAUAAGCAAUAUUUUGGAAGCGUCUUCCUUCGCCGAGAGCAUUUUUUUACAUUGAGUAAUGAGCAAAAGGAGAAUGGGUAUAUACUCAGAAAAUGAAAAUAACUUUGAGCCAAAUAGAAGAUGCCAAUGAAGACUGAAAUUGGUAAUGGAUUUAGGGUAGCAUGGUGAUUUUAGGAAUUGUGUGGUGAUGACUUGUUUUGCAUUCUGGCCAUUUAUAAAUUGAGAUUUUACAGAUACACAGGCCUUAAAAUGUCUGUGCUGCUGAUUUCUAUUUUGAUGGUACAAGACCAAAGGCUGAGUCUGGUACCAAGCAAUUGGUU